GCCUCGCCGUCAGCGCCGCCUUCGCGCUGGUCAACGAGCUGAUCACCAAGAGACUGUGCCGGAAGUUCUUGCCCGAGGAGAUCACGAACAGGCCGCCCGAGGCCGUGUGCAGGCACCCAGGCAUGCCGUCCGGCCACGUGCUGAACGCGUACACGGUGCUUGGCUGGCUCAUCCUCGAGUUUGUGAACGACGAGUCCGGGCUCCACCUCGAGUGGCUGCUGGUCGUGCUGCUCGUGAUGGGCCCGGUGCCCUGGGCGCGGGUGUACAACCGGGACCACACGUUGGCACAGGUGACCGCCUCCACCAUCAUCGCGGGGGUGAUGAGCUACGUGGCCUUCUG